CUCCUCCACAACCGACUCUGUCCCCGAUUCCUUUUUUUCUUUCUUUAGGACCCGCGCCCCAGUCGAUCUACCACCAUGAGCGUCGCAACUCGUAUCGCUGAGAUCGAGGCCGAGAUGGCCCGCACUCAGAAGAACAAGGCCACCGCCCUGCAUAUCGGUAUGCUUAAGGCCCGCCUGGCCAAGCUCCGCCGUGAGCUGCUCGAGCCGUCCGGCGGCAGCGGCGGCGGCGGCCGUGGUGAGGGCUUCGACGUUGCCAAGACCGGUGUCGCGCGUAUCGGCUUCAUCGGCUUCCCUUCGGUCGGCAAGUCCACCCUCAUGUCCAAGCUGACCGGCACCGAGUCGGCCGUGGCUGCCUACGAAUUCACCACCCUGACCACGGUCCCCGGUGUGCUGUACCUUCGUGGUGCCAAGUUCCAGAUUCUGGAUCUGCCCGGUAUCAUCGAGGGUGCCAAGGAUGGCAAGGGUCGUGGUCGGCAGGUGAUCGCCGUCGCGCGGACUUGCUCCCUGAUCUUCAUGGUCCUGGAUGUGAUGAAGCCCCUGGGCCACAAGCGGAUUCUCGAGGGCGAGCUCGAGGGCUACGGCAUCCGGCUGAACCGGGCCCCGCCGCAGAUUACCUUCCGGCGGAAGGAGCGCGGUGGUAUUGCCAUCUCCUCGACCGUGACCAUGACGCACCUGGACAAUGACGAGGUUAAGGCCAUUUGCAGCGAGUACCGCAUCCACAACGCCGAUAUCGCCUUCCGGGAGGACUGCACCGCCGACGAGCUGAUCGAUGUCAUUGAGGGUGACCGCCUGUACAUUCCCUGCAUCUAUGUCCUGAACAAGAUCGAUCAGAUUUCCAUCGAGGAGCUGGAGAUCCUCACCACCAAGACCGAUCAUGUUGUGCCCAUUUCCGCGCACCACGAGUGGAACUUCGACGAGCUCCUGGACAAGGCCUGGGACUACCUGAACCUCAAGCGAAUUUACACCAAGCCCCGCGGUCAGCUGCCCGACUACUCGGCCCCGGUGGUCAUCAAGGCCAGCAAGUCCACUGUUGAGGACUUCUGUAACGCCAUUCACAAGGGCCUCGCCCGCGACUUUAAGUAUGCCUGGGUCUGGGGCUCCUCAGCGAAGCACAACCCCCAGAAGGUUGGUAUUGACCAUGUUCUGCACGAUGAGGAUGUCGUUCAGAUUGUCAAGAAGAGCGGCUAAAUGUCUUCCCUCUCCCGCCGCCGCACUGUCUCGCGCCGGUACCUGGUGUGCAGAGCAGAGCCAGAGGCGUGGUGGGGCAUCCGCGGCUGGCCGCGUCCACGGACGCCGCAGCCGAAGGCGCAGCCCGACCAAUACCAUUCCUUCGUCCCCCUCCCCCGCUGCACGGCUUCCCCUCUUGUCCCCCUCCGGUCCGGUCCCGCACUGAAUACAGACCCUUCACACGC